CCAAAUAAAAUUUCACAGGCUUUUGCUAGAUCUAUUCCGUUGUAAGAUUAGUGUAGAUGAGACGUUUAUCACAAUUUACAUAUAAUUUAGAUAUUUAAAAAGGUGUGGUCUAGCUUUUAUUCAUCUGAACGCAUUGACAAAAGAAAUAAUCGCUUCCAAGAUGGAUCGGGACAGAGCUAGCCCAUCCCCCUCCAACCUGCUGGAGUCCCCUGGUCACAACUCUCCUGGUAGAGCCUUACUGCUGGGUCUGAAGAGGGUGUCUGUGUGGCUGGUCGACUGCAGGAAAACACCAGGGCAGAGUGGAACUGUGAGAGAAGGACACGAGGAGGGUGAUGGAGAUUUGAUUUCAUCAGGGGACACCCCUAACCGUCGUUCUCUCAGUGGGAGGGGCUUAUCAUCUGGGGAGCCUCAACAUAAUCUUGCUGAUGAAGCAAAGAAGUGUCUUUAUAGAUCUGAGCAACGCAAGAAACACCAGCAGAGACAUAUAGGGAAGAAACCUCACCACUGCUGCUCUGACUGUGGGAUGAGUUUCACUAGCCUGAGUGACUUCAUUAUUCACCAGCGGACGCACACCGGAGAGAAACCGUACUGCUGCUCUCAGUGUGGGAAGAGGUUCACUGCUUCAAACGCCUUCAAAUCUCAUCUGCGAAUUCAUACAGGGGAGAGGCCUUACCCCUGCCUUGAUUGUGGAAAAAGCUUUGCUUAUUUGGGAGCCCUAAACAUACACAAGCAAACACACACUGGAGUGAAGCCUUAUAGCUGUGAUAAGUGUGGGAAGAGCUUCAAUCAGUCAGGCCACCUGACUACACACCAGCUAACACACACUGGAGAGAAACCUUAUAGCUGUGAUCAGUGUGGGAAGAGCUUUGCUGUAGCUUCCACCCUGAAUAGACACCAGGUAACGCACACUGGAGAGAAGCCUUAUAGUUGUGAUCAGUGUGGGAAGAGCUUUGCUGUAGUUUCCUCUCUGAUUAGACACCAUCAAACACACACUGGAGAGAGAACUUACGUCUGUCUAUGUGGGAAGAGCUUUGCUCUAGCUUCCACCCUGACUACACAUCAGCGAACACACACUGGAGAGAAGCCUUAUAGCUGUGAUCAGUGUGGGAAGAGCUUUGCUGUAUCAGAAAAACUAAGUAUACACAAGCGAACACACACAGGAGAGAAGCCUUAUAGCUGUGAUCAGUGUGGGAAGAGCUUCAGUCAAUCAGUACACCUAAAUACACACCAGCGAACACACUCACGAGAGAAGCCUUUUAGCUGUGAUCAGUGUGGGAAGAGCUUCGGUCAAUCAGUACACCUGAAUACACACCAGCGAACACACACAGGAGAGAAACCUUACAGCUGUGAUCAGUGUGGAAAGAGCUUCAGUCAAUCAGGGAGCCUGAAUUCACACCAGCGAACCCACACUGGAGAGAAACCCGUAUGUCUGUCUAUGUGGAAAGAGCUUUGCUCAUUUACGGACAAUUAAAAAACAUCAGAAAGCAAAAAUGUGCCGUAUUUCAUCUCCCUCCUGUCCGGCACCGGUUCCAGAUCCCUAAAUAAAGGGUCAA